AUGCAUUAUGUACAAAAAUAUGUGGAAAAGUUACAAAAUCCUAAAACAAAUAAUACUCCGAUAAGUAAUGGAUUUAAAACAAACAUAUUUCUAUAUUGUAGCUACUAUAGCUUUUAUUCUCAAAAGGUUUUAAUGGCACUAUAUGAAAAAAAUAUAGAUUUUGAGCCUCUGUUAAUCGAUAUUACAAAAGGGGAGCAAUAUUCUUCAUGGUUUCUCGAAAUAAAUCCCAGAGGGGAAAUUCCUGUGUUAAAAGUUAAUACUGCUAUAAUACCAGAUUCAACUAGAAUUUUGGAUUACUUGGAAUUUUACUUAAACCAAGAAACUCCCCCAUUAAUUAACGUUUCGGCAGACAACAAAGUAAUGAAAAAUGUCAACAUGUUUCGAGAGAUGAUAGAGGCUUUACCCGCAGGCCUUAUCACUGUUGGUUCGUUCUUUCACCCUCACUUGUGUGGCACACCAAAAAUGCCAUUUAUAUUACCUGUCCGAGAAGUACUUAAAAAUGGUGAUUUAUCGAACUCAAAAAAUUUGCGAAAAUUAGCAAAGGCAAAUCCAAAAGCUGAAAAUGUUUUACUUUAUAAAGCAGAAAUACAAGAUAGAAAGCAUGAAAUUAUUACAAAUGAAGAUGAAUAUUUGAAAGUAUUAAAUGUAGUGGAUGAUGUUUUAUCACAUGUUGAAGAACAAUUAACAAAACAAUAUCAAGAAAAUUGGCUGUGCUGUGAGCAAUUUAGUAUUGCUGAUAUCAAUUUAGCUGUGUUACUUCAACGUCUCUGGGAGUUAGGCCUGGAAGACAGAUUCUGGACACGAGGAAAACGUCCUCAUAUUGAACAAUAUUUUGAACGUGUAAAGGAACGAGAAUCAUUUAAAAAGACAAUACCAGGUCUGCCUGUACAUUUAAAAAUGAUAGUUACUUCACAGCCUCCCACAUAUAUUGGGGCAGCAGGUGCUAUCUCAGUAGGAAUGGUUCUUGCAUUGGCCUAUUUCUUUAAAAAACUUAUACAUUAA